GGAGAGCGAGGCAAGGGUGUGGAGGAGUAGGACAGAGGUCAGAGGAAGCACUUGAGUUGUUCUAGUCUUCAGCACAGUAUCAUGAACGAAAGAUAUUCAGUGGUUGAGACAGUGAGGGGAAAGUAGAUAUCGUUGUGCCGAAAGUAAGCAGCAAUGUUGGAAAGGAAACACAGAAUUGAUCAAUACUUGAACCUUGAAUGUUCUUAUUUGAGCAUUCAACUCAGUGAUUAGGAUGAUUUUGUUUCAAGACGUAUAUUUGAAUGAUGUCAAUGAUUUGUGUGGCAUUAGAUCAGCCUUGAAUUCGUGAUAUUGGGACCUCAGCGCAUGAACGAAACGUUGCCGUAUAUGUUUGUCGACUUUUCUUGUCAUAAUUUCCCAUCAGCUCAGGAGUUUACUUUCUAAUGCGAUGCAACAUUGUGUUUCACUCUUCGCUUCCAUAUUUCCAUGAACGUCUCAUGUACUGGUUUCAGGAUGCCUGGAGUGACCGUGAAGGAUGUUAGCCCUCAUGAGUUCGUGAAGGCUUAUGCCGCGUACCUCAAGAAGCAGGACAAGAUCAAGCUUCCUGAAAUGCUUGACCUCAUCAAGACUGGACCCAUGAAGGAACUUGCUCCCUACAAUGACAACUGGUUCUACGUUCGAUGCGCUGCCCUCGCUCGCCGCCUCUACGUUCGCCAGGGAACCGGAGUUGGUGGAUUUUCUAAGGUCUUUGGAGGAAAGAAGCGUAGGGGAACUCUCCCAGGCCACUUCACCAGAGCGUCACGAGGAAUCCUCCGCAAGGCCCUCCAGGAGCUCGAGAAUAUUGGAGUGUUGGAGAAGAUGCCAGAGAAGGCUGGGGGCAGGAGGAUCACCAAGAAGGGACAGCAGGAUUUGGAUCGUAUCGCCUGCGAGAUCUUCGCAAACAAGGAAUAAACGAUUAUUUUCAACAAUGAAGCAGGAGCACGAAUAAAUAUGGCUGACAUCGA